GUCAAAUACGACGCAGCGUCUGAAAGCUCGAUCGAGUUGGGUUGGCCUUCUGUGGCUCGAACGGAACAGUCGGGCAACGGCGCAACGUGUAUAUUUGCGUCAUGGCCUUCAACUCGUUCAAGGAACCUCUUGCGAACGCGGCGAAAUGUAGCGUGUUCGGUUCCCCUCGCAAGUCACCUCCCCGCCAGUCCAUGCACAGCAAGUCAAGAGCCCUGGACGCCCUGAAUGAUCUCUGGGCCGAGGAGUUUGUCCGUCACAAUAGCAAACCAGCGCCGGCUUCUGCGGUUCCACGGGGGAAUAGCACUCUGACUGCUCCGGAAAAUCCUCAAGUUAUUAAGUCGCGGGCUCUUCCGCCCAAGCCGAAGGGAAAGGCAAAAUCCAUUGAAGAACCUGGUUCGCGAGCCAUAAAAAGCUCGUCUCUAAGCGAGAAGUCGCGUCAAGCAAGCUUUCAGGAUUUUCGAGGAGCUCAAGAAGCUUCGCAGAGUGGCAAUAAUUUCAUCACGCGGUCCACUGGACUGAAGACCCGCAAAUCGACUGAACAAGGAAUGGAAGAGGCUAUCCGUGCCUUACCUGUGUUCUCGUAUAAGAAUGCCCGUCCUGCUCCUGUUGUGGUCUACACCCGCCAUGAAGAGGAGGCUAACGACCUUGUGGGAUCGCUACACGGACCUGUAGGCUUUGACAUGGAAUGGAAAUUGUUCUUCGGUCGCGACAGGAGGCUUAUUGAACGCAGAACUGCUCUAGUCCAGCUUUGCGACAACAAUAUGAUCAUGCUAAUUCAAGUCAGCGCUAUGAAACGGUUCCCGGAGAAAGUCAAGGUGACGGCUAAAGUUAGAAUUCCUGUAUGGAUGUCUGAUGACUCAAAGGAUGUGAUUGAGUCGGCCGCGAUACCAAAGAUGGGUGCGAAUAUCAAGAACGAUGGCCAAAAACUCUACCGCGAUUUUGGUAUUCUUCCCCGUAAUCUCGUCGAGUUGGGGAGGUUAGCCCGUGCGGCAGAUCCCGAAUUUCCCAUUUCGCGAUCGAUUGUUGCCCUCCGCAAGAUGGUAGCCAUUUAUACCGGGAAACACCUAUUAAAGGGGUCGGAACGUACAAGCGACUGGGAAACCCGUCUAUCCCCCGAGCAAUGUAACUAUGCCGCCAACGACGUGUACUCCUCAUUACUCGUUUAUAAUCGCCUGAUGGUGAUCGCAAAUGAGCAGGGGCGCACACUCGACACAAGGUUGUAUACUUCUGAUCUGACUCAAGAAGAGGACCGGAAGAUUAGCGCAUUAACAAACAGUACGGAAGUCAGACCAUCGUCUGGAUCAACAACAAUACCAGGCGCAGGCAAUUCGGACAUAUCACCUGUUAGUAUGGAUGUCCUCGGGAAACCCUACACGUGUCCUCGGCCUCAGCAUUUACGUGCAUACAAGAUGUGGCAUGAGAAGGACCUCCCGUUAGGGGUCAUAUGUGCGAAUCUGAGGACCAAAGAACAGCCGUUGAAAGAAAGCACAGUAAUCUCUUAUGUGAUCGGAGCACUUCAAGCGGACCCUCGAUUACCGUUUUCGUUAGAGCGGUUGAAAACGCUCGUACAGCUCGAGGCCAGCUCAUGGGCGCGUCACCGUGACUGGAUCAUGCGCACCAGUGCCCUGCCAACGUUACCUAAGGAAGGGUCAACGUCGCAGCAGAUAUGA